CCUAAAUUAUGGAUAAUCAGGAGUUAACUUAAAAGUUAAACUAACUCAACAACGAAAAUGAAAACACUGAGUCUAGUUAAUCUUCAAGAGUUUUAUUGCUAAUUUUUGAUGCUAUUGAAAACUUUGAAUAUAAAUAUUACAAAAUAGCAGGCUGUUUAUAUGUAAUUAUAGUUUCAGCCGUUCUUACAUUCAUAUUGACAAUGAGAGAUAAGCAUUUUAGGUAGCUUGUUUUUUUAAAUUAUUUUAAGUACAUUACCAAACUUGGAGCUAAUAUUUAUUUCUGUAUUGCUCAUGUUUUGUGCGAAUUUUAAAAUGAUUAGUCAAAGCAACAUACUUCCAUACAUAUAAGAAAAUGGUUUAAAUUGGAAAGUGAAACAUGCAUGUAAGAAGAAUUCAAAAUAUUUUAAGCACUCUCUUUAAUCAUUGCUUUAGUCCUAUUGAUCUGUUCUUUGAAAUAGAAUGAUAGAUUUGUCUCCGUCUUCUUCUUUGUAAGUGUGUGGCCUUUGAAUUACGUUUAUGAAAACCUUAGAUAUAAAUAGGAAUUAAGAAAAGAACUUCUUUUACCUUUUUGUGGUAUAUUUAUUGGAGCUGCAUUCUCAACGGAGACCCUUUAAAAAUUGGCUUCUAAUCCGGAGGUCUUAUAACUUAAUGGAAUAAUAUAUUCUAUUGUAGGGGGAUUGUUCUUAUGCUACUCAGCAGAUUGUUUUAAGAAAGUGGAUAGUGAAAAUCUUUUUACAAUUACUCAUGUUAUAGGAUUGAUGACAGUGAUUUUUGUUCCUUUAUUCUUCCCAAUCGAAGGGUAUUAAGAUUGAAAUAAUCAAUAGUCUUUUAUAACCAGGUUUGAAGGAGUGGAUAUUUUUUGCAAUUGUGGGUGCUCUCCUGAUAGUGGGACUUCCAAUAAUGAUAAGGACAUUUGCAAUUGAGACUGCAACUAUUACUUUAGCAUAAUUGGGUUGGUGUUUUCCCUUUUACAUAUUUUUUAAGUUUCUUUUUGGAUGUAUAAAUGUAUAUAAAUAUAAAGUAUAAAUCCCUUCAUUUGGACAGCUUUGCGGAAUUGGAGUGUAAAGCUUGUGCUCAAUAUUGAUAAUUAAGUAUCUGAAUCAAUAAGAGAACAAGACUUAGAAAUUACUAAAGAAAGGAUCGUCUGAAGCCAAUAAAGUAGUUGAACUACAAACCCUCACCUAAUAAGCAUGAAAAUUCAUAUAAGUUUGUUACAUAAGAAUUUAUUAUCA